GUCUGUGUGCUACAGGAAGCUGCUGCACCGGAAUCUGAAGAAUUUGAGGUGUCCGCCAAGUCUGCUGCUCAUCGGCUCUCUGUGUCUCCAGCUGCACGAAACUCUGCGGACACGCUGUUAAGCAAAGAGGAAAAAUGUCUCAGGCCGACAAAAUGAAGCAGGGCCAGUUCACCAACCCUGAGACCCCAGGGUACGUUGGAUUUGCCAACCUGCCUAAUCAGGUUCACCGCAAGUCCGUAAAAAAAGGAUUUGAGUUUACAUUGAUGGUAGUAGGUGAAUCUGGACUUGGAAAAUCCACCUUGAUCAACAGCCUGUUCCUCACUGACCUUUACCCCGAGAGAGUCAUCCCUGGAGCUGCAGAAAAGAUAGAAAGGACGGUUCAGAUUGAGGCGUCGACCGUAGAAAUUGAGGAGCGAGGAGUAAAGCUCCGUCUCACUGUGGUAGACACACCAGGAUACGGAGACGCCAUCAACAGCCAAGACUGUUUCAGCACCAUCAUCAGCUACAUUGAUGACCAGUUUGAGCGCUACCUCCAUGAUGAGAGUGGUCUAAAUCGAAGACAUAUUGUUGACAAUAGAGUUCACUGCUGCUUCUAUUUCAUUUCCCCACUCGGCCAUGGCCUGAAACCCCUGGAUGUUCAGUUUAUGAAGGCCAUCCACAAUAAGGUCAACGUGGUUCCUGUCAUCGCCAAGGCAGACACGCUCACCCUCAGAGAGAGGGAGAGGCUCAAGCGCAGGAUUCUGGAUGAGAUCGAUGAACAUGGCAUCAAGAUUUACCACCUUCCUGACGCUGAGUCGGAUGAGGAUGAGGACUUCAAAGAGCAGACCAGGAUCCUCAAGGCAAGCAUCCCAUUCGCAGUGGUUGGAUCCAACCAGCAGAUUGAGGCCAAAGGGAAGAAGGUGAGGGGCCGCCUGUACCCCUGGGGGGUGGUGGAGGUGGAGAAUCCAGAACACAACGACUUCCUCAAGCUGCGGAUCAUGCUGAUAACCCACAUGCAGGAUCUACAGGAAGUGACUCAGGACCUUCACUACGAGAACUUCCGCUCGGACCGCCUCAAACGGGGUGGCAGGUUGUCCUCCCAUGGUUACAUUCUGCCUCUGUCUCCUGCAAAAGGACCGGAGCCGGAGGAAAUGGACAAGGAUAUGAUCCUGCAGGAGAAGGAGGCUGAGUUGAGACGUAUGCAGGAGAUGAUUGCUAAGAUGCAGGCCCAGAUGCAGAAGCAGGGAGACGAAGGAGACGGCCCACAUGUGUGAAAAGCCUGAGCAGAUAUUUGAGCCACUGCUCGAGUUUGACCGGAUAGAGAGACGGACGAUGGCAGUGAACGUGUAAAGGCGAUCUGGUUAUUGACUCAUACUGCUUGCCACUAUCUUUUUUUUUUUCUCCAAUCCAUCAUGGGAUCUGGAGAUAUUUUUUUUUAUAAAUACAGUAAAGUAUAUUCAAACAGUGUUAUGUUUAUAUAUUUUCACACGGUUCUAUUUCUUUGUUUUUAUUUUAAAUGAAGUCACGUGACCCAUCUUUUUAAAAACGAUGGCAUAUAUCUUUGAUACAAACUCCAUUUUUUGUUCCCCCUUUUUUUUGCUAUUUAGAAAACCAAAGUACUGCUGCCUGUAUUCAGUGCUGUUAUUUCUAAAAACAUCUUUUAGAGUACGUGCUAACAUCGCUCUGUGAAAGAGCUUCAUUGGGAGAGUCGGCUAUGGUGAAAACCAGUAGCAGAAGUAGCUUUUUCUGCCAUAGUUAUGCCAUAAUCUCUGUAUUCUUUUUGUCAAGAGGAAACACAAUUCCAUAUUCCCUCUGGUUAGGAAAUGACCACACAAGAUCCCCAUUAAUUAGCUCAGUGUUAAUCAUGUUACCCUCCUCAUCUGCAUGCAACUCUUGACCCCAUCUGGUCAAAUUUUCAGGUGAAAUUUCCCUCUGGUGCUGUGUUUGGAUCGGCUUCUCCCUUUACUGCCCAAGUCUUAUCCAUUAGUGCAGUUCUCAGAUCAGUGUCUUUAAUGGCAUUCAAGUGUCGUUAAGCUCCUUUUGAGUUUGAUAUUGAAUAAAUAAACUGUGACCCUUGACCUCUUACAGUCUUCCUGUAGACCUGACAAAUGAAGGACGUGCAAAUGAGGUGCGAUGCCUCUGUUUGGUGCUUUCAAUCAACUAGAAGUAAUGGUUACUCCAUGUUUCCUCCACACUGUAAAGUGAAGUCAUAUGCCAGGGAGCAUUAACUGUUGUGUGUUUUCAUUGAUGCAGUGAGAUUUCAGAGGUAUACUCUUUUACCUGUCCCAACUGCUGAGUACUUUGUGGUUUCCGUGACCACAGAGAUUUAAAAAAAAAAAUGACCCGAUGAGGUCAGUGUAGCCAACAUUUCCCUCACCAGCCAAGAUGUGAGUUCUUGACAUUCCUCUUUGUGCUGUUUUAGCCAAUAUUAAAGCACCAAAUAAUGUUCUCGAUGCAUAUAUUGUAAUAAGUUUUAUUAAACUUUAUUAAUCUCUGUGAA